UCUGACGCUAUUAUUACACGUUGUGUCGAAUAGUUAAAAAUAGUGUGUAGCGGUCACAACAUGCACUGUAAAUUGACAGUUCCGCAUGUUCAGACUUGGCUUAUCCCCUAAAGUCGACAGACAUUUCCACAACAUAUAGUUAAAGUUUAGUUGAAAUGUAUUGAAUAUAUUUGUAACUUUUAUUUCCUGAACCAGAAUGUCUUCUAAACAAAGUUUUGAAAGAGCAACUAACUGAACACAUCUGAUAAAAAUGACCCGUAUUCCCACAAAACCACUUGGCUAGUGAAUACUGCAUUCAGAAACUCAAUUGCACGGUAAUAAAUAAAACUAAAAAUUACGAAACUUUCCCGAGGUUCAGUAAUGCUGUACUUACUGCUGUGCCCAAGAACACCCUUACACACAAGACAUGGACAAGAAUAAGACAAAUAUCUACAUAUGAUGUCUUGCUCCGAUAGUCAUAAGGGGAGUUUGGAAGAGGUCAGUUAUGAGGGAGCUGCAGGUGGUGAGUUGUCCAGUUGUGCGCUAGCGAUGCUGGAAAGGGAACGAGAAUCCAUACGAAGCCCCUCAGAGAGCCCUGGAGCCUCCACUCUCCUUCCAUCUACUGCCCUUGUGCAGGGCUAUGAUGUGGAGUUUGAUCCACCACUUGAGAGAAAAUAUGAGUGUCCCAUCUGCUUAAUGGCUCUCAGGAAUGCCAUUCAAACACCAUGCGGGCAUCGUUUCUGCAAGACCUGCAUUGAGAAGUCAAUCCGGGAUACUGGACAGCGGUGCCCAGUGGACAAUGAAAUGCUGUUAGAAGACCAACUGUUUCCUGAUAACUUUGCAAAAAGGGAGAUUCUCUCCCUCACUGUCCGCUGUCCAAAUACUGGCUGUACUGACAAAAUGGAACUUCGACAUUUAGAGAAUCAUUUGGCACAAUGUCCAUUUGCGACUUUGCCCUGUCCUCAAUGCCAAGAGUCUGUAAGAAAAAUCUACUUGGAGGAACACAAAACCAUAGAGUGCCGAAGGAAACUCAUGUCUUGCCCAGACUGUGUUGCAACCUUUGCUUACGAGGAAAGGGAGCUUCAUGAGCAGCAGUGUCCAUUUGCAAGUAUCAAGUGCCAGUACUGUGAGCUCGAUCUCAUCAGAGACCAGAUGGACUCUCAUUGUGAUACAGAUUGCCCUAAAGCUCCGAUUGCCUGUACCUUUAGCACUUUUGGAUGUAAGGAAAGGAUGCAACGACACAAUCUGGCUCAGCAUAUGCAGGAGUUCACGCAGAUGCACAUGCGCUAUUUGGCGGAGUUUGUGCGUUGCCUUAGCCUUAAUGGCACUACACCAAAGUCACUUUGCGCUCUUGGACCUUCGGUUUCAUCUGAUGAUCAAGGGGCAGCAUCAGCAUCAUCAUCUUAUAGAGGAACUGCAAGCGGCAGCUGUGCCCCAUGUACUCCGAGUGAAGUAAUGGAGAGGAUACGGGAUAUUGAUGGACGAUUAGUAAAACAGGAUCAUCAGCUCCGUGAGCUGAUCAUCAUGGAAGAUACUCGGGCAGGGCAGAUUGCACAGCUCCAGAAAAGGGUAACUGUGCUGGAGGAGACAGUGAAGGAUCUUGAGGCACAACAAUGCCAUGGCAUCUUCAUCUGGCGUCUCAGAGGUUUCUCAGCCCACCUCCGGAACCAAGAAGCAGGCCUGCCAGUGGUUGAGCACAGCCCGGGCUUCUACACGGGUCGACCUGGCUAUAAACUGUGCCUCCGCUUACACCUGCAGACCCCUAAUGCCCCACGCUGUUCCAACUACAUUUCCCUGUUUGUCCACACCAUGCAAGGAGCUUUUGAUGAAGAGUUGAGCUGGCCUUUCCAGGGUACUAUCCGCCUUGCCAUUCUCGACCAGGGCCCUGAUGCACAACAUCACAUGGAGGUAAUGGAGACUAAGCCAGACCUUCAAGCCUUCAGAAAACCCACCAUUCAGCGUAACCCUAAAGGGUUUGGUUAUGUGACUUUCUUGCACCUGCCUCAGCUGAAUCAGCGAAAUUUUGUCAAGGAUGACAUCCUCCUCAUCCGCUGCGAGGUAACGCCACGAUUUGACAUGUUCCAACGUGAAGCACCCACAGUGCAGCCAAGGGGACCUGAGGCCUCCCGUGAACAACUUAUAUUGCAUGCCAGUCAUGCUUAGUGUUCCCUGUCUCUGUUAAAUGUGCAAAUUUGCCAGGAUUAAUGACAGGCUUUCAAAACUUUUUUGAAAUGUUUUUUUUUUGUAAUGUAUUUUCAAUCGGGUCAGAAUAUUCUGCCUGUACAAACACCUUUUAUCACGCUCAUGUCCAUUUAGAAUGAUUAGGUACGUUGAACAAAGAACCUGUAAAGUGGUUUCUGUGAUUUAUUUCUAAUACAUUAUGUUCUCAUUAGUGACUUAAUCUUAAUCGCUUAAUAUGACUGAAGUGUGGAAAACAUGUAAAGAAUAAGAACAGUUUAUUACAAAAUGAGCAUGAAACUGUUUUCCACCAUCUUAGUUUUCUGUGUUUUUUGGCCAUGGCUUUCUAGGAGGAGUCAGCCUCUCACCCACUUAGAAGUAUUGAGUGCCACAGGGUUGUGUUGUGAUUGGAUGCAUACAACAGAAGCCCUGCAAGGAAUUUUAACUGAUAAUUAAACACAGAGGCACAUGUAUUCCAGCGUGAGACUCUUACUCCAAAUAUUAUCAGCUACAGGCUUGUAUUUGAUUGACGGGUGAAUUUGGAAGGGAGUGUGUUUCAGCAAAUUGGGCCAGUGUUUGAACACUUGGGGGAUGGCUCUAUUUUUCACAAUUUUGGAUUCUGAUUCUAUAUACUGUACAUAUUUUUUUUAUUCCUUCAAAUUUGAUAGACUAUUAACAACUGUUCUGUGCUUUGUCACAUUUCGGCCUAGUUUUUUCACUUGACAGGGUCUUUAAUGUAGAUUUUCUGCCAGCAAACUGACUGUUACGACCACAUGACAUUGUAUUUUUUUUUUUUUUUUUAAUUAUUACUACCACCAGGACAUGCAGAAAAACAAGCCAUUGUAUAGCCCCAUUCUUGCCGUGCCUUGAAAAUCUCACAAUUGCACUAGAUAAACACAAUUGAUACCAUAUUAAUCGUAAUUAUUAUGUUUACUGAAAUGUAUUUCUUAGGCUUAUCUUAGUUAUUACCAAUAUUUUGAUGACUUACAUAGGAUUUAUAUCUUCAGAAUGUGCCUUUACAUUUAUUAAGUUAUUUUCAAAUAUAAUCAGCCUCAAAGUAGACUAUUCUAUGCUGAUUAUUUAUGAGAAAUAAUGAAAGAACUGAAUAACCAAUAAGAAUUAGUAAGGAAGUUUUUUUUUUUUUUUUUCUCGAAACCUUCGUUUGUGUUUGAGAAAUUGCAACUAAUCCUCAUACUCUGAUAACCCUAAAAAGAUUCCUGUCACACUGCUUAGAGACGCAUGGUACUUAUUUUAGAUCAGGGGUACUAAUUGUUUUUUGCUCCAAGAUCUACUUUUCAAGAAGACAACCUCCCGCGAUCUACCUUAACAGCGGGAGGGUUAAAACAUAAUUAACAAUGUGCAUUAAAAAAAAAUAUAUAGUAUAUAUAUUUUUUGAUGCCCCGAGCUACCCAUACUAGGGGUGCGAUCGACUGAUCAAUCACGAUUGACUUAAUGGGGGCCCUUGCUGUAGAUUCAAAGCAUGCUAUGAUUUACAGCCUAAACUAAGAUAGCUUGCAUUUGAAACUGAAAUUUCAACAACUUUGGUUUUGGUUAUUAAAUGAUCGAGUGUGUGGUUGUCAAGUUUAUGGAUAAGAAAGAUCAGUUGUUCAAUAGGUACACAUAUACGCAUUGAAAAGAAAGUUUACCAUUCAUUUUAUCUGUGAAUACGAAUAAUGUUCAGAAUUUUGAUUAUUAUCGACUCCUGUUUAUUUCGAGUGAAAUUGAACCUAAAAAAAUUACCUUUGCUAAACUUUGGUUUUCUUGUACACAUUGUUCCAACAUUAAAUUUAUUUGAAUUUAAUGGGAAAGUACAUUUUUGCAUGGGUUGUGUGAUUUUUGUGUGUGUGUGUGUGUGUGCGUGUGUGUGUGUGUGUGUGUGUGUGUGUGUGUGUGUGUGUGUGUGAAUCAACUAAUAAGAACUAGUGGGACAUUCAUCUAAUUUUGAACUAACUCAUUCAAAGAUAUUGAGGGCGAUAGAUAAUCCAAACCAUGUAACUGGGAGGGUUAGGAGUGGUUCAAAUGGAUUGGAUGUUGAUUGCAAACAUUUAUUACAAACUUGGAAUUCACAGUAGUCCACCCUUAAACAUUCCUUAUCCCACCGUGUGAAAAAAUGUGACGUAAAAACACAUAAUUGGCUCUGAAUGUGUUAAAUAUACUUUUCUAAUGGAGAGUAAUCUCAGGGGUAAGUGUCAACUGAUACUUCACAACAUGUCAUCAUGCAGCAGGUUGCAACACAGGGAAUGGGACAGUGUUUCAAGCUGCUCCUUUUAAAGGGAUGAAUAAACAACUGAUUAUUUGCACCCUGUAGAAUAAAUCUUGUUAAAUAAAAGGUGAAAAGACAGAAUUUCAUCUUUCCGAUGUGCAAUAGUGGAGAAAAAUGCAAAUAAUAGCCAAUUUUCCCAGAAGUAGACAAAAUAGCCCCUAUCAUAUACAUUUUUUAAACGUGAGUAUACUGUUUUAGCCAUUCAAACGACAGUACCUCAGAUUUUCCAGCCAACUUAUCACACAGUAAAGCCAAAACCUGCGAGAAAGUAAUAUCUGAAGACAUUGAAUUUUUAACACACUUGCUGACCAAAACUCGCUCUACCUUUAAAUGACCAUGUCUUUGUUAUUAUACUGUGUAAUAAUGGUCUUGUUAUCAAUAGAAUUGUGCUUUCAUACAUGUUCUAAUUAUAAAUGCGUUAAAUUGUUUUUUUUUUUCGUCACAUACCUAUCAAGAAUGUGCCAAUUUUCUUAGCUACCUUUUAACUGUUUCGACUGUACCAGCAUUUAUGUGUUGUAUGCGCAUGGAGUGACUGAUGUAAUGUUUGUCGCACAAUGGCUGUGCUUUGUGUCAUUUUUUUUUUUUUGCAUUAUCAACAUUGUUUUCUUCAUGAUCAGAGGUCUGAGAAAUGCGUGAUUUGCACACUUAAAUACUUUGUGAAGCCUCAUUUCACAUGAAGGCCAUUCAUUAUCAUUUUUUUAAAAUCACUGUCGAUUGCUUUACAAAUUUAUUUGUAAUUAUUGACUAAGUCUCAGCAAUGUUACUGUACACGUGCUUAUAUAAAUCUGGAUUAUAUUCUGAAAACUAUUAUUUUAAAUGCACUGCGCAGACCCUUUAAGAUUUGUUUAAUCAUUUUAGGCUUUAUUGAUUAUUACUCAUUUGCAAGAUUUUUAAUUUUCAAUCUGUAACAGACAUGUCAUGCCUUAAUGCAACAGUCUAACUUUACUAAUUAUACUUUAUCAACAUCAAGUCAGAAUCAAUUUGUCACAUAAUCUUUAAAGGUGACCCUGCAUUUUUCUUUUACAUUAUUUUUCCAUUAACUUUGUUGUUGUUUUAUCAGGUUUCCCAAGGACUAUUUGUGUUGAAAAUCCCUGUAAUAUCUUUUAAAAAGCUAUGAUAGUUUGUCCUUUUUGCUUGCCCCUUCAAGUACUUGAAUCAUGACACACAGUGUAACAUCACAUCUCCACCAAUUUCUAAUCAGCUUGUAUGCAAAGCCGUUUGACUUACAAAAGCGACUGCAAUCAAAUUUCAAACAACAUAGAUAAAAAAACUUCUAUUCGGUUAAACAUAUUGAUGCAUUUUCCCCAUGAAACAUUGAGGAAAAAGAUGGGAUUCCAUGCAAGGUCACCUUAAGACUUUGAUUUAAUCCUAAUUUCACUAUCUCCUUUUCAUACUACACUUUUUUUUAAAAUUAUUUGUAAGCUAACAACAACCUUUAGCUCAUUUGGUUCCUUUCUUCGGUUGACUUUGUUCGGCACCAUUACUCAGCUUGCAGCCUGCCAAAGACAAUGCCAUUUUGUGGCCCAUUAAUUCACAUAAAAUGCUUCAUUUAGUGUGUGGUGGUAUUCUCGGUUGCACAGAAUAUGAUUUUGAUUGCUACUUGGCUUACUUGGCGGAGUUGGAGCCUCUUUUCCACAUUUUAGAGUGCUUAGAGCAAAGCACUCUGCCAUCCAGGACAACACCUCGCCGCAGUAUCUGAUCUAGAUUAAAAAUCCAGAUGAGACACAGUGUACCAAGUG